AUGAGCACACACUCUAGUCACCCACCCCUAUUGCCCCUCACAGCAUUCUGUUCAUGGAAUUCAAGCUGGAAGUUCUGUGAGGACUCACCCACCCCCAUUGCCCUCAUUGAGCUCUGUUCAAGGAAAGUCUGGUCCUGUACCAGGGCUGACACCUGUGCAAGGAAUUCAAGCUACAAGUUCCAUGAGUGGACACUCCAGUCAUCCACCACCAAUGCCCUCGCAGAGUUCCAUUCAUGGAACUCAAGCUGCAAGUUCUGUGAGUGGACACUCCAGUCAUCCACUGCCAUUGCCAUCACAGAGUUCUGUUUGUGGAAUUCAAGCUACAAGUGCCAUGAGUGGACACUCCAGUCAUCUGCUGCCAUUGCCCUCAUUGGGUUCCAUUCAUGGAAAGUCUGGUCCCAUACCAGGGCUGACACCUGUGCAAGGAACUCAAGCUGCAAGUUCUGUGAGCAGACACUCCAGUCAUCUGCUGCCAUUUCCAUCACAGAGUUCUGUUCAUGGAAUUCAAGCUACAAGUUCCAUAAGUGGACACUCCAGUCAUCCACCACCAUUGCCCUUGCAGAGAAUUCAAACUGCAAAUUCUGGUUGACAUCCAUAGAAGGCAUUCACCCUUCUUUGAGGCAGCCAGCAUUGGACAAACUUGAUCAAAAUGGGCCCUUUCUCAGUGUUGUUUCUCAUGCAUUUAAGACCCUCAAAGAAAACCUUAGAGUGGAAUUCACUGCCAUUCAUGAAGCAGUUAGUAGACCAGUAAUUGUACAUCAAAAUGUUGCAAUGAACACCAAGCACCAUAAAUGGAAGUCACCUGGCACUAACAUACAUGAUAGUAAAGCCAAUGAUGAGUCAUUGGAUGAUGAGGGAAGCACCAGAUUUGAUCCCUUUGCAAAGGAUCCCCUCAGAGUAAUCUUUUGGGUCGGAGCUCCAUCUGCUUCAUCUUGA